UAUGGAUAUUUUAAAUCAGGCAUAGGCACAGAAAUGCCGUUGAGCGGUUUCUACGUCAGACUUAUUCGAGAGGUUCGAUUCUACUCUACUAGCAGCCAUUUAUACGUGAUGUCGGAGGUAUUGAAGAAAGUGAGGAACGAUCUGUUAACAAAUAUUUUGGCAAAAUGGCAACUUUAAAUAACGUAAUGAAAGCUAUAGAAGCUUUGAAAUCCACUCAAGAACCAGAUAGUGUUCUGUCAGAUUCAAAUACAAGGAAAGAUAAAUUAGCAUGUUGCAUGACGAUAGCAGAAGGGAUGUGUUCACCAAGCGGCAAACUAGCAUCCAAAUUUCCUCAGGUUCUUAGUCUUUCAAUUAAAACAUUAUUAAAUUUGUGUAAUGAUGAUGAAUCUGAUGUCAGAAUGGUAGCAGAUGAAACCUUAAAUAAGAUUAUAAGGGCAAUGACUGACAGUAAUAUUGUAAAGGUACAAAUAGAACUUUAUAAUGAAAUAAAAAGAAAUGGACCAGCAAGAACAUUGAGAGCUGCUCUUUGGAGGUUUGGACUUCUUAGCCAUAUGAUUCGUCCUACAAGAGGAAAAGCAUAUGUUUCUAAUUUAAUACCAUGCAUAAUUUGUAUUGCACGUCGUUCCGAAGAAUCUGUAAUUGAAACAUUAUCACAAUCAUUACUAUUGAUUAUGAAAGCAUUAGGGCCAUUUAUGACAGACAAUGAUGUGAAGACACUGUUGAAAGCAUUUCUUGAGAAUGUAUCCUCUGUACAAGCAGCAUUUCGUAGGGCUGCAGCAAAUAUGAUUCUUGCGACAUGUUUGAAUUGUCGUAAGCCACAAUUCUUUUUAAAUUAUGUAUUGAAACAUCUUUUAGGUGUUAUAGUCCCUAUAAGUGAAGAUGAGGGUCGUGUAGCAGCUAUAAUCGGUACAUUUGGAUGCAUAAGAAUAAUUUUACCACACAUAUGUAAACUGUCAGAAGUUGAAGACGAUGAAUCAGUGCAAACAGAUAGCUUGUUACAAGUUUAUGAACUAUGUUUACAUUAUACAAAAUGGCACGUUGAUCAUAAUGUUAUAAACGCUGUUUUAGAAACUUUAACUCAGCUUUUAAAGUCUCCUCCAAAAGCUCUGGUAGCCCAGUUGUUAUCAAAUAAAGGUAUAUCACAUAGCAGGAUAGUAUUAAACGAAGAUGAAUCUGUAUUAUCAUUAAGUCAAAUGAGUACUUCAAGUACUACUAUAGCUUGUGGUGAAAACCCCGAAUUUAAUUUACAUUUGCUUGAUUCUGAUGUCCCUGAAAUAAAUCCAAAGAUAGAAAAAUGGAUAUUGGAUUCCGAGAGUGUACCUCCAAUGGUGCAAAAUUCACAAUCUCAAGAAACAUGUACAAGUAAUAUUGUAGAAAUGAAGGGAAAGGUCUUGGAAAAUUACAGUGGUUUGAAGAUCGGAGUUAUCGACAAUGAGGCCAUUGAAGAAGGUAGCGAUGUAGGAAGCGAAAUAGAAAAAUCGGAUAAAACGUAUUCCAGUUUACAAAAUGAAACGAAGGAAGUGGAUUGCUCAGAAGAAAUUGCAUCAUCUAUUGCUUCUCCUAAAAAACUUUCUCUCGAUUUCUCGUUGCGAGAAAUUGACGUUGGAAAUUUUACAGAUUCUGAUAUACCUCUGAAAUUUUGUUGUCGUUAUUUGGUGUCAUCUUUUCUCUUAACUGGCUAUGUUGGCCGUGUAAUGCCAGAUAAAUAUUUUCGUGUUAGUGUAAAAUCUCUUGCUUUAAAUUGCGUCGCUUAUAUUUUAAAACUUUGUCCAAACUUGUUUUUAAUUCCUGUUGCUAAAGAAUCGAAAUCUAUUGAAAAUGAACAAAUGAUAACAGAUAUCUUAUUGUUUGCAAAUCAUUCAGAUCCUCAAAUUAGGGGUAAUAUAUCAAUUAUUAUUGGUACAUUUUUAAAAUCCGUAUAUACACAGUAUGGCGGAUCUUUCAAAAAUUUUGAAAGAGAAAUCUCAAAUAAGAAAGUAAAUGAAAUUAUAUCGUUAGAAAAUUUAAUCAAACUACUGUUAAAGGGAUUAGAAGAUGAUUCUGCUACUACAUGUCGACAAACGCUAACGGCAUUUAGUUUAUGUCUACCAGAGUUGUUAGAAUCUGUCGACAAUAAACACGGAAUUACCGUAUUAGCUGCAUUACCUCAACUAGUAAAGAACCCAUAUUUUCUCGUAAAAGUUAAAUUAGUAGAACUACUAAGUGAGAUAUCGUACGUUACUAUAGAACAUAUAACUGGUGGAUCAAUGUUCCAAGAACAUUUUAUCGAUGUUAUUAUAACGCUAUUAGGUGACCAAGAUCAGAGAAUUAGACACGCAGCAUCAGAUGCUAUUGUCAAGAGUGUUCCUUUAUUGUAUUUUCAACAGCCACAAGAAGAUGUUAUUACAAGGAAAGCUGUGCAAUAUACGGCACAAUUUUUAAGUGCCGUGAACAAAAGUUCUAUAGAAUUAUCUUCCUGUCAGGAGAAACAAAAGUUAUUUCUAAAUACUUCAAUACAGCCAUUUGUAUCUUUGAAUUCUCACAAUGCAGUGGAUUAUCAUCCGAACAUAGAGUACUCUUUAUCCGUUAUAGUUAACAUGUUAGCGGAGAUACUUGGAGUACAAUCAUCAAAGUAUUUAGUGUACGGUUGUUGCGAAGCUUUAUUCCAUUUGAGUAAUGUAUAUACUACUACAGUGUACUUCAGAGGAUGGGAUUGUAUUUCACCAAAGACGCUGUUAAAAAAAUCUCACAAGAGAAGCGGUAGUCGACUAGAUAUCAGUGAAUCAACUUUUGCAAACGAUAUGAUACCAUCAACCGUUAGCAAUAGUCUGUUAUCCUUAGCGUUACCCUUAUUAUCAUCGUCCCCCAUAAGCUUGGAUUUGUCAACGCAUAAACAUUUGAUUCUCCUGGCUGGGAAUCUCGCGUCCGGUCUAGCUUUCUGCAAUUUCAAACCUAAUGACCCAACCAAAAAUUGGGGUACGUUUAAGGAUAAACAAAUAGAAUUGCUGCUAGUACACAUUACAAGAGUAUUAAACAUAUUUGUUCAUAUAAUUGAGGAUGUGCAGUUGACUCAAACCAGUACAAAAACAACAUUGCCAUCUUUGUCAUCCACUCAAACGUUAUCCCCGAAGAAGAAGAUGACCAUUUCCGAAUCAAAGUCAAAAGAAAAAAGUGAGAAGAUCGGAAGUUUAAAGUUUGGGAAAGAACAAAUGGGGUCGUUCAUGUCGAUACCUCAUUACACAAGAAUGUACGAAAUCCUUAAAGCAGCGCAUUUAAAUUAUUUAGCCACUCUCGAGCCGCAUGCCAGUGAAAUGUAUUUAUCUCUAUUGAACGCAGUCUUGGAUGUUCUCUCGCAGAUCCUUGAAAUUAUAUCCCUCAACGAAGUGGCUCAAAUCGCAGAAGAGAUUUUGUAUUAUCUGCAAAGUACUAUGAUACUCUCGCCAACCGCGACGGUUCAGUGUGUGCAACAGUUGUUAAAGUGUCUGUUCAGUACCAACGUAUAUGCACAAUGGAGCGAGUUAGACGUGCAGAAAAAUGCAGAUAAACUGAUAGUGUUUCGAGAUGACGCUAAAGGAUUUUAUAAUCAUUGCUUCCAAAAUCCUGCGAGACAAAUGGCAGACACGAUCAAGUCUAUGGGUAACAACUGCAGAGGUGAAAAUGAACCAGAGACUGGGUGGGUGGGACUGUUGCGUAGGAAGGGCGACAGAAAAUUUUCUUCAGUUUUUAAAAAUCUAACACGCUUAUCCGAUCAAAAGACUUCCGUAGCCUCCUUUAUUCGUCUGUUCGAGCCAAUGGUCAUCAAAUCCCUGAAGCAAUAUACUGUAACGAGUAGCGUGUCGUUGCAAUGUCAAGUACUGAUGUUGCUCAGUCAACUUGUCCAGUUACGAGUCAAUUACUGCUUACUGGACUCUGACAGAAUAUUCAUCGAAUUUGUGUUGAAACAGUUUGAGUUCAUCGAAGAGGGACACGUGCAACAAACGGAGGAUCUUUUACCGAAGAUCUUCAAUUUCCUGGUGCAUCUUUCGUACGAAAAGAAUCAUUCGAAAGCCAUAAUAGGAGUUCCAAAGAUAAUUCAACUGUGCGACGGCCUAAUGGCAAGUGGACAGCCAGCGCUCACACACUGCAUUCCAGCGUUAGCCCCAGUAGUCGAAGACGUAUUCCUGAUUCGAAACGCCAGCUCGAGUCCAAUAGAGCAGAGGGAGUUAGAAACGACUAGGGAAGUCUUAAUCUCGAUGCUUUUGCGUCUCGUAGAGUAUUAUCAAAUCAUCGAAUUGUUGGCAUUAUGCUUGACGGAGUCUAGAUUUAGCGGUGAUGGUAACGGCGAAGAGAAAUGGCGGAGAUGGUCCAGAUCGACAAUGGACUCCGUUCUGCCUAUGUUAGCAGCCGGAAAAAUUCGAAUAGAGUCGGAGAAAGCUCACGUAGCUUUGGUGAAAUUAUUCGCAGCUAUUUCCCCCACAGUUUUUAGGCCAGUCGAUCCUCUUUUGAAAGUGCUUCUAGUUACACCGGAGUCCCUGGAAGUUUCAACGUUGAAGCUGAAGCGAUGGCUGGGAAUGGUUAACGUGGUUUUGUUAUCGUUAAUCGCGUGCGCGAAAGAGGAGGCAAUGUUGGCCCGACUCUCCGACCUGAGUGUAAAUAUGACUGAAUUAUCGCAAUCGUUUCUCCUCCCAGAAUGCUCUGGGACCAUGGACCCCCUGCACGUGUUAGGCUUUCAAUCCAUCGAAAUUCCGCCCGAAAAGAUACUAGCCAGAUUCAUAUUCAAAGUCAUCAGUUUAAUAAGUUCGAAAGUGUAUGAUCUUCUUGGACUGAUCGAUCACAAACGUAGCGAUCCAUACGUUGGUUUCUCCGAGUCUACAGAGGACGAUCAUUAUUUGGUCCACCAACUGGCAUUCUUCCUUCAACUGUGCAUUCACAUGUUCGAGUCCGGAAGUCAUUGCAAAGUUGCGAACGCGGCUAUACAAAUGAUUCAAGGUCGCAAUGUUCCCGAAACAGAAAAGCUACCAAUUGCCGACUUAAACUACUCGAUGCUGAAUAUCGGACACAGAUGCCCCAUGUUGACUUGUCAGUGGGCGUAUCUAAUGAUUUUAUUGGGAUACAACGAGAUGACCUUCUGGUCAAAAAUAUUGGGCACCCGUCGUCCGGACUAUGCUGUGCAUUGUUCUUCCCUGGACGAAAAGAACUGUUCCACCGAACAGGAAAGUAGUAUUAACAUUCAGAUCAUCAGGAAGGGUGGCAUCAUAUUAUUCUGCGAUUACGUAUGCGAAAAUUUGAGCGACGCCGAGCCUCUAACGUGGUUGUUGGUGAACCACACAGAAGAAACCGUGAACAACGCCAUCGAAUCUCCCGUCAAAGAUCUACUGACAGCUGCUAUUCACAGAAAUUCAGCAGCCAGUGGAUUGUUGGUGCAAGCGAUUGCUACGAAAUGCACGGAUCUAUCUCAGCCCAGUUUCGUCAAACGACUCCUGCAGUGCAUCGAAGGUGCUCAUCACUCGCAAAGUGGAACGGUUCUGUUAACCUUGAUACCAAGAUUGCUGUCUACAAGAUAUCUCGCUCUGUCUAGAAUGGCAGCUAAGAUAGCCAGUAGAAGAGUAGAAAUUCUGCUGACCACUUCCGUUGAAGACGUGACGAAGCAGCUGUCGAAGGAGGAUUUCACGAAGAUCAUGGACAUUUUGCAGUCGACUAAGCUAGCUAAGAAGCAUGGAGGACUGGUCAGCCUGCUGAACAAAUUAGGCGUACAAUAUUACGACCUGUCUCCUUUAGAACUUGAUCAGUGCAGACCAUUUAAUCCAUCCACAGUAAAAAGUAUUCAACUGGACCGCAGUUGGUUUUUGUCUCAGGUAAAGUUGCGGUGUUGCAAUCCGAUUGCCAGCUACAACCCAUCGGAGACGGCGCAGUUGCUGAAAGACCUGGACUUCGAAGACUGUCUCGGUAUUCUCUCUUCCAAAGAAUUCAACAUAGCGAUCUUGAAAGCGUGUAUAAUACUGGGCGUACGAACGAGCGUCGAAAAGUGCCAAAAAUUAGAGUUCGGCGUGACGCAGAAUGAAAAAGACUUCAACUUCGAAACUAGUCCUUUGUAUAGUGCUGCGAAGCAACGUUUAUUAGAACACGUUCGCUACGUCACCGAAUUAAUGCCAAAACCUCACCACGUUUACGAUCCUGCACAAUCCAGUGGUAGUUCGAAGGGGUUGAAGUACGCCAUUCGACUCGACGAGCUGCUAAACGAGUCCAUCUACUGGGACAUACUGUACGUGUUGAUCCCAGCUGUAAGAGUGUACGUGAGAACCCUGCCAAAACUGGCAAAAUACAAUUUGGCGAAGAUAGACAGAAAGUCUGAAGAGGACCUCGCGAAAUUUGCGGUUCUAUGUUUAGAGUUGACGCACUGGACACUGUACUGUGACGAGAAAAAUACGAGGAAGCUUAGACCUAAGGAUAUGGAGAUCGCGUUGAGUUGUGCCUCGGAGAUCAUGAAGCAUCCUGGUCCGGAUAAAAUCUUCUGGGACAACAGCAAGUAUUCGUGGGUUUGUAGCGCUGCCGCUUCGUUGACGAGGACGGUGGAGCAUCUGUUAACGACGAUCGACACUUUGUCGGUUAUAGACACGCGUGCUUUAGAGCCGGCACUCGAAGACGAGAGUACCAAAGACUUUGCCCGUGCCUGCUCCCGAAUGGCAGCUCUGGUUGCGUGGUUAGAGCACUGCCAGAGCGAAGGGUCAUCAAAGAACAUUCCUCGCUACUUGUUCGACACGAUACAGGAUCUAAUUGUAAGCAUAAGUCGUCAGCCACUGAUCAAUUCUUACGUCUUAACGCCACCGCUGGUUUGGAAGCACAAUUGGAACGUGGUAGGUUCUGGUACAACGAAGUGUUGCUUCCCGUUGUUGCCCUCCGAGUCGAAUCUCUUGCAGGAAGUGGAGAUCCUCGAGCAGUUCAUUUUCAGGAUAAAUCUGCUGGGCUGGAUAUCCCGCUUGCAGUUCGAGGAAAUAUGGAUGGCGCUGUUAGGGGUGCUGAACCUCUUGCAAAACGAAAGUCUGCAAUCGGAGGAAAUCCCUGCGUUGAUUCAAGCGAGUAGUUUAGCCGUGCAAGCCAUCACCAGGUUGCUCCUGCAGACCUUGCUCCUUCCUUACCCUGGAAACCCACGGGCCAGCACUUUGAUUCAUCAUUCGAGGGACCCUCAGCUUUCGGUUCACAAAAUUAGCUCGCAGAAGUUGUACGCGAUUCAAGAUCUACUCGCGUGGAAGUACGAAUGCCUGAACGACUCGGAGACUACCGGUGCUCUGAGCAUGGACCACAUCUUCUGCCGAGGAAACGUGGAACGAGUUGCGAACUCGAGUAAAUACGCGUACAGUCAACUGUCCGUUCCUUAUCUCUGGUCGUCGUGCAAUCUGUACGAAGACAAGCUGAACGCCUCUGUUCUUGACUUGAAAAAUAGACGGAACGACGCGUUGAUGUCUGCCUCGCUCGAUCUAGAUUCCUGUCUUCGUUUUUUGGUAGAGCUUUACACUUCUUGGAUGUCGUCGCAGGCCAAUACACCUAUACAGUUGCUUACAGAAAUCGUGAAAUCUAUUCUAGCGAUUUCAGAACUGUUCGUCGAGAGAAGUCAGUAUCAGUGGAUGCUGGACACGUGCUUGGAGAUGUCGAGGAUUCAUCCUACGGAAAAUGUGAUCUUACAUCAGUACUUAGUGGUGUCCGUGUGCAAGGCUGCUGCUGUGCUAACGCCUUUGGACUUUGAGACGCUGGACAAAGUUAAACGCUUGGUGGACCUGAACUUGAAGUCAGGUUUCUUGCCAGCGAGAGUAUCUGCUCUUCACGGUUCGCUGUAUCUUUUGCAAAGCGCUGUGCUGGCUAAUUGCGAGGAAACCAUGAAUAUUAUACAUCCUUUGGCAAUUGAGUACAUACAGAAGCAUCUCGAUGCUCAGGACUCGAAUGGGGUGCUGAAUCAAAGCGAAGAGCAUCAGGGAGUGAUGUGGGCUCUGGUAUUCUUUCUACUGGAGCACGCAGAGGACACUCCACCGGACACGGAAGCUCCAGCUGUUCUUGAACUGGUCCUUACUUUACUUUCUUCCCAAAAUAUCUCCUCCAGUUUGCAUCAAACGCUCUUACAGGGCCUUGAACGACUCGUGGCGACUAAGAGCGUAGUCGGAAAAGUAGCCGAGCAAAUAGUUAAGGUUGCGAUAGAUCGUUUGAAACAACCCAGUCCCGUGUUGUCGAUACCCGCCUUACAAUUGUUGCUGACUUGCAUGUACACGGAAGCAGCCGACAGAUUGAACCAACCAGAGGUAGAGGAACCGCUACCAGACGCAGAACCGGAAGCACUGGUUCGGUCCAUAGAAAGAACUUCCGCGAUUUUCGACAAGAUCAGACGGGGACACUUCAUGGAGGUGGAACUCCUGUGCACAGUUCUGUCCGGUGUGCUUGGAGACUUUUUCCCGCCGUCUGAAAUCUUGACUAAAGUCAUAGGAGAAUUUCUGUCUCCUCAACAGCCUCACCCACGGUUACUUUCUGCUGUAGUUUUUAAAGUUUGCGAAAGAGCGUGUACCUGCGCUCAGAUGGAACUUCUUCAGGAUUGGGUCGUGUUUAGUUUACCAAAUUUUAUUCAGAGUUUACCAGUGACGAUGUCAACGUGGUGCCUGUCUUGUUUCUUUAUUAGUACUUCUACGAACCACUGGCUGAGAGCCUUAUUCCCGUAUGUUCAAUCAAGAAUUGGUAAAUACGAGUACGAGGAUAAAAAGAUACUUUGCAUCGCCGCUUCCGAUUUUUAUCGCAAGCUGGCUAAGGAAACUCAAAGGAAAGCUUUCGUAGAAACUUUCGAAGCCGCGGCGAAAGAACCUGGGACUCCGUUCGGCGACAUUUUAGCGUCCUUUUAGCUAGUUUUAUCGAUCGUCUCGAUGCAAGGAAAUUGAAUCAAAACUAGAGAUAUUCAUCGAAACGAUACACGUAAUUCUCUUUGUAAAAUCGGUGUACAAUCAUAACACGGUGGUGACGUGUCGCGUGUACAGUGUAUGUAUGUGAUGAUAUUUAUUUUACGUCUUGUCCCGUCGAGAAGAACUUGUUUUGCAAUAAACAAUAUUUUUUAAAUA